UAGAUUUAAUAUCUUGGACGUGUAGAGCGAGGUAUAAAGUUGAUGUUUUCUAUAUUUCAUUUUAAGUGAACAGCAUUUUAUCCAACUUGUUCGGAUGUUUGCAGUCUACUGUGAGUUGGAGCAAUCUUAUAGAGUGCACACAAAUAAUGUUACACACUGUUGGUAUGGUGGACCAAUUGUAUUACCCCCUGUAUUAGCUGUCCUUGAGUGAAGGCUGUCUCUAUUCAGAGAGACAGUGAAAACAGUCAAAGCACAGUUGGUCAGACUACUGAAAUAGGAUCUGUUAUUCCAAUCCCUUAUUCAAAUGUUCAACUGCAUCAUGGCGUUCUCCAAACGAUAUCAGCGUGGAUUGAGAUGCUUUUUUUUGGUGUUGUUCUAUUUCUGUAACAUCACACAGUUUUGCGUUUUGUAAGGAGGAGCAUUCGCAUCUGUGUAUUCUUAAUUCCGAAGACACAUCUGUCAUAUCAACAGCCAAGUUCAAAGUAAGUCCGGGUGCAUGGAUUCAUUUUUUAAAGACACUUUAUUGCCUCAGGGACUGCUUGGCUGCGGGGGAAACGGUUAUAGCUUGGUCACAUGACAUAAGCUCAGUCCCACAGGAUGCUGGAACAGAGAGAGAGAGAGAGAGAGAGAGAGAGUAGUUUGAAAGAAAGAGAGAGCGUGGGAGAGAUGAAGCCAGAGAUACUCCUCCCUACAGCUGCUGAGCGACAGGGUCCUCUCACAUACGCAAGCCAUAUGGGGGCCCUGUCAUUCAAAACAGGUCAUGUGACCGAACAAAAAAAAAUGAGUGGCCUCAAAACACAGAAGGGCUACGAUGCAACGAGAGAAACUGUAGCAACACCAAUGGAGAUAUGGAAAACAAAUCAUUAUUGGUGAGAGGUGUCUAUGAAGGAGGCAGGAGAUGGCCUCCAUGCUCAGAUGAACUCCAUGAUGGGGGCUCUUCAGGAACUCAAGCUUCUACAAGUGCAGACAGUGCUGGAGCAACUAGACAUCUCAGGGAGGCCCAUCCAAAGGGCGGCCCCACCACCAACAGCAGACACAUGUGGCCCUUGCCCUAUCCCCAGCCUCAAGCCUACCCUCGGCCCUGUCCACGAUGAGACUCAGACGCCCCCUUUGGACUGGACAACUGGUCGGGAGGAGCAGCAGCAGCAGAGCCGGGUGGGGCACCGGAGCAGCCUGGGCACCUCUCCUUCCUCCUCCAGCCUGGAGACAUUGGAGACUGAGAGUGAGAGCCAGCCUCUCCCUCUCCCCCGCAGAGUGUCAGGAUACACCGCCCCACAGGUGGAGUACUGUGGCCCACGUCUUAGCCAAGUGUUUCCAGAGCAGCAUCAGCAGCCGUCUCACCCAGCCCAGGUGGUGGAUCUGCCUGGCAUCCUCUACAGCCUAUCCAGGGAAGGACCCUCGCUGGACAGCGACUACUCCCAGGACAGUAUGGACGACUCCAGCGACUGGACCUCCUCACUCAUGAGCCGCAGCCGCAACCGGCAGCCCCUGGUCCUAGGGGACAACGUUUUCGCCGACCUGGUGGGCAACUGGCUGGACUUGCCUGAGCUGGAGAAGGAGGAGAUGGUUGGGGGUGUUUGUGUGGGGGCAGACGCAGCCGACAGGGCCGAUUCCCCAGCCCACCCUCUCCGUCUCAGCCGCUCCCAGGAGAUCUGCAGGAAGUUCUCUCUGACCACCAACAUCUUCAAGAGGUUCCUGCGCAGUGUGAGGCCCGACCGGGACAAGCUCCUGAAGGAGAGGCCUGGCUGGAUGGUCCCCGAGAGCCAGGAGGCCAAACUCUUCAAGAGGCCCAAGAAAGUGGCCAAGCAGCAGGCCAAGGGAAGCUUCUACCUCCCGUUCUGGGCAGGUGUAGGACAGCAGCAGCAGGGUAAGGGCCGGCCAUGUCCCCAGCUGGCUGAGGAGAGACACAGCCAGAGCCAGAGCCAGUUCUCAGAGAUUUACAUAGACAGGAGACAAGAGUGGAGACAGGAGGCCAGAGUGGAGAAAAUGCAGCCCUUGUUUGACUACAACACGGCUGUGUGGGUCUGAUGCUGACGCUGCUCCAGGGUGGUGGCAGGUGUUGGGGAUUUGGCUGGGAGCUCUGGGAGGUUUGUGUGUCUGUCUGUCUCCACUCAGAGAAUGGACUGACUGAGGAAUGAACAUCCACACUAUUUCCCAACAGAGAGAUUAUCAGGGCAACUGUUUGUCUGACAAUCCUAAGACCUAAGACCUGUGACUGAGAGAGUAAGCAGGACUUCCUCUUAUAGAUGGGUUCACCCAAAAAAUUGUUCGGGUUCGAAUGAGUCCAUAAGUGCCCUGGACUUAUACGAUAGACGGUACUUCGAUAUAGACAUGAUGCUCAGAUAAUGCUCUGAAUUCCAUCGUCAUGGUUCACACCUCAACCCUGUUUCAUUAUGUUUGAAUGCUGCUGUAGGUCCCACCCAAGUGUAUCCCCACCCUCAUGUCUCAUCUCGUACUU